AUGAAGGAGCAAACAGGACAACGUACUUCAACUACUUAUGAGAACGAAAUGGAGUUACUUGCGAAAAAAGCUCACUUGGAUAUCCUACUGAGUGAUGACGACUCAAGGCCUUUUGUGAAAGAUCAACGAUCACUUUACAAAUUAACCGAUGCUUGCUUGGAAGCUUCUGGGCUACGUAACCCGCCGUGCUUCGAAACUGUCCAACCGUUGCCACUUCCACACCGUGCUGAAAUAAGUAUCCAGAUACGGGUUUCGUGGAAGGUUUUGUGUGAUAAAAGGCGAAAUACAAAAAAAAACACUUCAUAUCGAAGCGAAAAUGUCGAAUUGGAAUAG